ACUGGCACUACACACCGCAAUGGCGACCGCCGGAGCCAGAGCGACUCCUUUCCUCCUGCUCUUCCUUGCCACCCUACUCUGCGCUGCCGCCGCCGCGUCCUCUUGGGAGGACCGCGAGCCCUGGCGGUGCGCGCGGCGGUGCGAGGACCGCCCCCGGCACGAGCGCGCCCAGUGCGUGCAGGAGUGCAGGGAGGAGGAGCGGGAGCGGGGCAGGCGCGACGAGCUCGGCCGCCGUGGCGACCGGCGCGGCGAGGGGUCCGGCGACGAGCGCGAGCGGGAGCGGGAGCAGGAGCAGGAGCAGGAGCAGAGCCGGCGGCCGUACGUGUUCGACCGGCGCAGCUUCCGCCGCGUGGUCCGGAGCGAGCAGGGAUCCGUGAGAGCGCUGCGGCCGUUCCACGAGGCGUCCAAGCUCCUCCGCGGCAUCCGCAACUACCGCGUCGCGAUCCUGGAGGCCAACCCGCGCUCCUUCAUCGUGCCCAGCCACACCGACGCGCACAGCAUCGGCUACGUGGCGCAAGGCGAGGGAGUGGUGACGACGAUCGAGAACGGCGAGAGGCGCUCGUACACCGUCAAGGAAGGCGACGUCUUCGUGGCGUCGGCCGGGGCGGUCACCUACCUCGCCAACCCCGACGGCCGGAGGAAGCUCGUCAUCGUCAAGAUCCUCCACACCAUCUCCGUGCCUGGCAAGUCCAGGUUCUUCUUCGGCCCUGGCGGGAACCCGGAAUCCAUCCUGUCGAGCUUCAGCAAGAGCGUCCAGAGAGCUGCUUACAAAACCUCCAGCGACCGGCUGGAGAGGCUGUUCGGUAAGCAAGAUAAGGGCAUCAUCGUGCGCGCGUCGGAGGAGCAGGUCCGCGAGCUGCGGCGCCAUGCCUCUGAGGGCGGCCACGGCCCGCACUGGCCCCUGCCGCCGUUCGGCGAGUCGCACGGACCCUACAGCCUCCUGGACCAGCGGCCCACGAUCGCCAACCGCCACGGCCAGCUCUACCAGGCCGACGCCCGCAGCUACCGCGACCUCGCCGAGCACGACGUCCGCGUCUCGUUCGUCAACAUCUCUGCAGGCUCCAUGAGCGCGCCGUUCUACGACAGCCGCUCGAUCAAGCUCGCCUGCGUGCUGGACGGCGAGGGCUACAUCGAGAUCAUAUGCCCGCACCUGGCGCAACGUCAUGAGGGCCGGAGCGAGCGCGGUAAGGGCAGGCGUGGCGAAGAGGAAUCCGAGUCCGAGGAGCAGGAGCAGGAGGAAGCCGGGCAGGGAUACCACACCAUCCGUGCGCGGGUGUCGCGCGGCACGGCGUUCGUGGUGCCGGUGGGCCACCCGGUCGUCGAGGUGGCAUCCCGGGGCAGCAACCUGCAGAUAGUGUACUUCGAGAUCCAUGCCGACAAGAACGAGAGGGUGUUCCUGGCCGGGGCAAACAACGUCCUCAAGAAGCUGGACAACACGGCUAAGGAGCUGGCGUUCGCGGCAAGGGCGAGGGAGGUGGACGAGGUGCUCGACGCCCAGCGCGACCAGGGCUUCCUCGCCGGCCCGGAGGAGAGCAGUCGUGAGGAGCGGGAGGAGGAGGAGGAACACGAAGGACGCCGCGGCCCCAAGGAGUGGGAGAAGGAGGAGGAACGCGAAGCACGCCGUGGCCGCGAGCAGCGUGAGAAGGAGGAAGAGCGUCGUGGCCACGGACGGCGCGAGGAGGUGGCGGAGACGUUCCUGAGGCUUGCUACCGGCCGUCUGUGAGGCCGUCUUACGCUGAUCGAUGAUCGAGCAAGCAACAAGUUGAGAGCUAGUGAGCCCGAGCAGUGAUACGCUGGACAUGCAAAUGCGGCAUGUAGUAGAAUAAGUGUGGCUCUCUAUGUAUGCU